CAACGAUCCGAUGUACCUCCUGCGCUGCGUUUUGCGCGGUGUACGUGUGGGUAUAGACGCGUCUGUGUCCGGCAAAGGGGCCUUUGUCCGACCGCGUCGCGAGAAAUGGCGGGGACAUGACCGCGUAUCGUUCGACGCAGGCGUCACGCCAGGCAUUAUCGCCCCUUCCCUGCACCGGUAUUGUCUUUGUCUCAGAUCAUCAGCCUACGAGUCAACAUAAAGCGUAGAGUGUGUAUAGAAAUGCCUGUGCCCGUAUUAGCUGCGUGCCUUUUGAGAGACGACCGAGCGGCCGCGCUCAUCAUCUUCACCACCACUCCGCGAUGACGACGACCGCUGUCUCUGCGCCUGGCAAGGUCCUUCUCGCAGGCGGAUAUCUCGUACUUGAUCCUGCGUACUCUGGUGUGGUCGUCUCGACCAGCGCGCGAUUCUACACCAGCGUCGGCGACCUCGACGAACCGGCGAGCGUUGCAGCCGCAAAGGCGGACCGCCCGAUUGAGAUCCGCGUGCGAUCACCUCAGUUCGUGAACGCAACUUGGAUCUACGUCGUCACCUUCGUCGACGAGGCCGUGCGUGUCGAACAGGUCGCGGGCAAUACAUCCUCGUCGAAAAACAAGUUCGUUCAUCUUGCCCUCCAGCGUACGCUCUCUCUAGCACUAGAGGCUCGUGGUACUGGUGCCCUUCAGAACAGCCUUGGCUAUGGCCUGGAUAUCACUAUCGUCGGUGAUAACGAUUUCUACUCGCAAAGGGCUCAGCUAGCAGCGAAGAACCUCCCUCCGACACUCGCAUCCCUCGCAGAACUCCCACCCUUCUGUCAGACUAGCGUGCAGCUCGCCGAUGUGCACAAGACGGGGCUCGGCUCCUCCGCGGCCCUCAUCACCUCGCUCGUCUCGAGCCUCCUCGUCCACCUUCGCGUGAUCCCUCGUGACUCCUUCGCAGGUGACGCAGAGGGCGGCAUUGCGUCUGCGAGCGAGGGACGCAAGCUCGCGCACAACCUCGCGCAGUAUGCGCAUUGUCUGGCGCAGGGCAAGGUCGGGAGCGGGUUCGACGUGUCUGCGGCGGUGUUUGGGAGCCAGCUGUAUACACGAUUCGACCCCGAGGUGAUCGCUCCGCUCAUGAACGACGAUGCGGCAGUGAAGCUCCACCCAUCGAUCUCUCCUUCGAACAAUGCCUGGAAUCAUCGUGUCAAGCCAUUCAAGCUUCCACCCCUGACUAGGCUGAUGUUGGCUGAUGUCGAUGCUGGGAGUGAUACGCCCUCGUUGGUAGGGAAGGUGCUGAAAUGGAGGAAAGAGGACAGUAAGACAGCGGACGACCUCUGGGAUACAUUGGACAAAGUAAAUCAUGCAUUCAGCAAAACGCUGCUCAAGCUGUCCGAUCUCUACGCACAAGACACGAAGGCGUACACUAAAGCAGUCAAGUAUCUAUCCACUCUGCAAACGGUGCAGUGGCUCGUCAACCCGAACAUCUCGGGUGGUGACCAAGAGAUUAUGGAAGCGUUCGCGGAGGCUCAUCAGUAUUCCGAGGACAUACGCGCCAAAAUGCGUGAGAUGGGCAAACUUUCGGGCGUUCCGAUCGAGCCGCAGGAACAAACCGACUUGCUCGACGCAUGUGUCUUCGGCGCUGGCGUCAUUGGUGGCGGCGUUCCCGGAGCGGGCGGUUACGACGCGAUCUGGCUCCUUGUCCUCGACCCUGAGAACUGCCCACACGAGGAGUUGCCCUCGUCUCGGAUAGAGGGCGUCUGGGCGGGUUGGAAGGGCAUGGAUGUCUCGCCGCUCUCCGCGUCGGAGAGCGUUGCGAAAGGCGUACGACUGGAGGAUGUGGCAGGAGUGAAGGGCCUGAAGGGCCUUGUUGAUGCUCCGUGGUAGGCUCAGACGACUUCGCGACAACGACUUCGCUACAUAUGGCUUAUGCUUUUGUCUGGUGUGGUUAUAGGUGACCUCAUAGAUGAUAUUCCCUCUGCUAAUACACGCGGCCGCCGUAUAUUGUAUCCUUGAAGCUUGAAGCCUGGUUGGUCGCUACGGCCUGCGGCAAGACGCAUGGCGUGUCCUUUUGCGCCAUCCCCCGCAAGUUUCAACUAUCUUUUCCGGUUGUCACGCUGCCGCGUUGACUAGGUCCACUUACUCUGGAGGAGUGCUGUUUGCCAUGUCC